AUGAUGUUUGUGAGUCGAUUAACCUGGCCACUGGUAUGGCUAGCUUUGGCAACCAUGACAGUGGCUGCCGGCUCUUCAACAGCUGCAACUGUCACCACCACGACCUCCUCAUCGACCGGUAUCAGCACCCACACAAUCCAGGUGGGACCCAAGUCAGAUCCGCAUCAAUUUGUUCCAGCCAAUAUAACGGCCAGUCCGGGCGAUAUUGUGGUCUUCGAAUUUUACCCAACAAAUCAUUCUGUCGUGAAAGCAGAUUAUCUCGCUCCUUGUGUACCAGCAAACGGAAACAUCUUUUACUCGGGGGCAUUCGAUGAUUUCAAUGAGCAGGAUGGACAACUCGUCGGACCGCCCCCGACUUGGUCCUUGCGAGUCAACGAUACCAAGCCCACAUUCUUCUAUUGCACUGCAAUAGAUUCAUGUUUAAAAAAUGGAAUGGUCGGAGUGAUCAACGAGAACACAACCCAGACAUGGGAAACGCAAUACGCAAAAGCUCUGAAAUACCCUUAUAUGCUGGUCCCAGGCCAGUCCAUGCCCGCCGAAGGCGACGGCAGCGGUUCCAGCGGUGACGACACAAGCGGCAAUGGUAGUAAGCAUGGGCUCAGCUCGGGGGCCAUCGCAGGUAUCGUCGUUGCAGGCGUGGUCUUCGUAGCAAUAUUGGUAGCAUUGUUCUUCGUUCUCGGCCGCAACCGCGUGUACUCGCAGUGGAUGUCCUCGCAAGAUGGGCGCACGGAACGAACCGCACGUUGGGCAAUGUUCAACCAUGGCGAGGGACACGGCAACGGGAAAAGUGAAGCGGGAAGCAGUAGUGUCCCUACCCACAGACCAACCCCUAGCGACAUCACCGCCUUCUCUAGUCCGGACCCGAAUGUACGCACCUUAUCACCUGAGAUAGGAGUUUCCUCCGGCCCCGGUUCCCCGUCAGCGCAGCAGGGCCACUGGAGCUGGAAUGAACCUCCUCCACAGCCCCGUGUAAGCGCGAUGGCCACAGAACUGGAGGGCCAUCCUAUUAUCUGGGAGGCACCAGGCAGCACUCCAGGGCAUCGUUCCUAG